UUGUCCCCGCCCUCCCAAUCAUGUGACUCAGGUGUUCCAAUCCCCUCCAUAUCAUGUGAUUCAGGUGCUCCAAUCCCCUCCCAAUCAUGUGAUUCAGGUGUUCCAAUCCCCUCCCAAUCAUGUGAUUCAGGUGUUCCAAUCCCCUCCAUAUCAUGUGAUUCAGGUGUUCCAAUCCCCUCCCAAUCAUGUGAUUCAGGUGUUCCAAUCCCCUCCCAAUCAUGUGACUCAGGUGUUCCAAUCCCCUCCAUAUCAUGUGAUUCAGGUGUUCCAAUCCCCUCCCAAUCAUGUGAUUCAGGUGUUCCAAUCCCCUCCAAUCAUGUGACUCAGGUGUUCCAAUCCCCUCCAUAUCAUGUGAUUCAGGUGUUCCAAUCCCCUCCCAAUCAUGUGAUUCAGGUGUUCCAAUCCCCUCCAUAUCAUGUGAUUCAGGUGUUCCAAUCCCCU